CAAACACGACAUAUUCAUGUUUUGUGAAAGACAGGAACAGAAGGGAAGAGGCAAGAAUCAUAUUCAUAGGACAGAGGAAGUUGGAAGUUGGUCAGAAUGUUGCAGAACGACGGUAUGCUGUCCAGAGAAGAGUUGCUCCAUCUCUUCACUCGCUUCUCCUUCCUCGUCUCUCAGCCUGGAUCUAAUUCUUUUACAGACGUGAAGAAGAGAAUUUCAGAUGCUGUUCAGGACCAACAGGAAGCUGUAGCUGUAACUACUGCUAUCCAGGAAGAGAUAUUUUUAGAGAUGGGAAUUGAUCCUAGUUUCGGCCUAUCAUGCCUGGGAAAGGUGAAUAUGGUUUAUGAGACUGAUCAGGAGUUGAUGAUUCAGUUUUAUAAAUUUGUUGCAAAUACUAAAUCUAUGGAAAACAGGGAAGAGAUGGCGUGUGAUGAAGGACAGCUUGGACCGGAUGAAUACGCUGAAAGAAUGCACAGUCAAGAAAAACUACAAGAACAGCAACUUGAGAUGCUGAAGCAUAUGCGCAAGUUUGCCCUUGAUGAUCAAUCUGCAAUACUUGACAAGUUGCAUCGGCAGUUGGAAAAUGCCAACUUUGAGUUUGGGGUAUCGGUUUUGUCGUCUGAGCAGAUCCAGGAGAUUGUACGAAGGAGAGUCUCACCUUUAUACAAGCCAAGGUAGAUACUAGAUGGAUUGAAAUGUUUGGCAUGUUCAAUGAUGCGAUGUGGGUUUCAGAUUGCAUUACUUUUUGUGGCUGUCGAUCGCAUGGUUCAUGUCUUUAUAUGGUGAAAAUUUAAGCCUAAUGGUAAAUGAAUUACUGUCUGUUAACUAUAUGUUUUUCUCCUCCUUUCAAAUGAGGA